ACACAUUUUCUAUAAAUUGAGACCCAUUCUAAAAUCAUAUUUUCAUUUCAUAUAUCCCUCCGUCAAUUUUCUUCUUCUACUAAUACCUUUGCUGCGUCUUAGUCUCCUUCUCUGAUCAAUCCAAUCUAAAUAAAGCCAAUAUUAUAUCGUCAUCAUGUAUCCACCCAACCCAGAAAAGUCCAACACAAACGCAUCGGCACCUUUCUAUCAGCCUGCAGCCCCGGCUACCGGUGUUCCGUUAAAGCAAGCAAACCAGUAUUACAGUGAGAAUCCUCAGUAUCCCCUCUCUCACCAGCAUGGACAUGGAGGAGCAUGGUCGUCGGGCCUAUGCGGCUGUUGCUCUGACGUCAAGAAUUGUUGCAUAACAUGCUGGUGCCCAUGUAUCACAUUCGGACAGAUUGCUGAAAUUGCAGACAAAGGAACAACAUCUUGUGCAACUAGUGGGGCAAUUUAUGGGAUACUAGCAUGGUUUACUGGAUGUGGGUGCAUAUAUUCAUGCUUGUAUCGAUCUAAACUGAGGCAGCAGUACAUGUUACCCGAGAGUCCUUGCAAUGAUUGUUUGGUUCAUUGCUGUUGCGAGGCUUGUGCGCUCUGUCAAGAGUACAGGGAGCUUCAAAGCCGUGGAUUUGAUAUGUCUAUUGGGUGGCAUGGAAAUAUGGAGAGACAGAAUGGUGGAGGGGCAAUGGCAGCUCCGACCGCACCGGUGUUUCAAGGAACCAUGACUCGGUAGAAUGAAAAUGGUGUUUCAGGUUGUUUCCGGUCCGAUCAAUCAAAAAGAGAUCUCAAGCUAUAAAAAUAAAUUAAAAAAUAAAUCAUAUCGUUCUUGUGGAGUUUGACGUUUUCAUUCAUUCAAUUAGUAGCUCGAUGGGUUCUGAUUAAUUAUAUCAGGUGGGGUGUGCGACAUCUGGUAGUACGACAAGAGGGGACAGUUUUCUGUAAUUUUUUUUUAUUUUAUUUUAAUAAAGUCAAUUAUAAUAUCAAUUUGCGAAUGAACGUAUUUAAUAAUAUCAUCAUCUAUUAAUAUA